AUGGUCAGCGCCAUGGCUGCACGGAUCAAGCCGUAUGCCUGGCUCUGCCGGGCAGCCGGCGUUUUCUUCAUCAGAAAUCUUCAGUGUGGAAGCGCGAAGGAUGCGGUGGUCAGCUGGAAGUCCUGGUACACCCUCUACUCAGUCGGCUGCCUCCUGACGUUUACACUGGCCGAGCUGUACUUCGUCGCGCACAACUCCCUCCGCCUCUUCAGCACAGUUCGUUCUUUCACGAAGUCCCUCGUGUUAGUAAUCCCCACAGUCGUGGCGUUCAAGGUGGUCGUGAACAUCACAAGCGCCGUGUUCGGCUCGUGGACCAUGCUGGAGUUUUUCAAGAAAUCGGCGGAACACGAGAUGAGGACAGCGUUCGAGUGGAAGAAAUACCAAUGGAGUUGUCGUCUCAGCUACACGUUGAGAUUCUUCGUUGCGAUUUUCUUUUUCGCGCACCUGGUUGCCAACGCCAACAUCACCAUCAGGCUGCUCAACGUCGAGGGUGGCUCCUUCCUUGAGUUCGUGCUCAAGGGCACCAUGCUCUUGUUCAACUUUCUCUUCUUCGCGUACGACAUGAUGCAUUUCGUCAUUCUGAGGCCCUGUUGCGAGGUUCUUAUAAGCUACGUUCACCAGGAGCAGGACACGCUCAAAAGAAUUCUCGCGGUAGGCGAGAAACGGACCUUCAAGAUCACAACGCUCAUCUCGGAGUUGGAUAGGGUGAGGCUGAACCUUUCCUCGAUCGUGCAUCUGAGGAGAGUGCUCAACUCGGCCUGGCAGUUCUCAAUCAUGGCUUCCGCUGUAGUCCUCUUGAUUGUGUCUUGCAUAUGCGUCUACAGCGUGUUCGACGAAGGUGUGCCUAAAGACCAACUCCUGCUGACCAUGUCAUACUGCGGCUAUGCGACCAUCGACUUCGUUGAUGUCGCACGGCUGAGUCAGAAGAUGGCAAACGAGACACUAAAGCUGAAGGAGAGCCUGACGAAGGCUGCUGUGUUCCAUGACUCACCUGCGGAAUUCCGUCAGGUUGCCUAUCUGCGCAGCUCUAUUCGUCCAGGCGAAAUGUUCUUAACUGGGGGAAAUUUUUUCACUCUUAACAUGCCCCUUCUCGUGUCGCUUGCAGGUUCCAUCAUCACAUACUCCGUCAUCUUGGUCCAAACAAGCGACAGCGUGGAAAAUAUGACAACAGCGAGGUCAUACCAUAGCGUGCCAGGAGCGCCUUCGGGAAUAUAACAGCAUAUGCCGCAGUUUC